CAUCUUCUUCAUCUUCAAGCACACCAACCGAUCUCAGUUUUCGGGACCAGAUGGAGAACAAGGGAGCGGCAGCGGCGGUGCCGGAGAAGGAGGCCGUGACGGCUCCAGCGUCGUCGUGCUUCAAGAGGACGGUGGGCGAUGACGCGAGGUGGGUGGAUCUGGCCAAGGACCAGUACCGGCAGUUCACGGAGGCGCCGGUGACGGAGCACUGGGCGUGCAUCAAGAACAAGGUCAGCUCCAGGCUCGGCGAGCCCAUCUUGGGCGUAUUCAAGGGUGACUCCAGCAACACGCCGCCGUCCGUCGAAUCGCAGUAGAGAUGAUCAUCGUCAUCUAGAUAGCCUAUAUAUCGUUGCCAUACGAGGAUCAUUAGUACUCCCUCCGUAAAGGCGUAAACUAAUAUAAGAGCGUUUAGAUCAUCAAAGUAGUGAUCUAAACGCUUUUAUAGGAGUAUUAGUUUAUAGAGGGAGUAGCUCAAUGAGUACUUGGACAAAUUUCGGCAUUAUCGGUCUGCAGAUGUCAUAUUUUUUCCUUUAGCA